CACUGAAAGAAAUGUAAUUUAAAGUAUUAUGUUAAAAACUGAAUUGUACUUGUAAAAUUAAUUUAGCAUGCAGUGAAAGCCUAACCAUAGAUGAAUAAAUCAUAAAUAACUAUACAUAGAAAUAUUUAUUAAAUCUAUUCAAACAAAGUAGAGGCCAUCAAAUAAACUAGUUUUUUACCUCCUCAUUGCUUGGACGGAGACAAGAAUGCUGACUUCCUGUUAAAGAUAAUCCUAAAAUUGCUGGCUGACAUCCCUACAUUUAUACAAUAAAGAAUUUGAUUCAGCAUGAUAUUGCUCUUGCACAUUUUUUUUAACUGAUGUUAGGAAUUGCUUUGACAUCGUAUAUAUAAACCACUGGAUAAAAGUUGAGAUGGAAUGGUUCCUUGACCUUUAUGACUGUCAGGUUUCAGUUUCUUUUUGUGGGUGAUUAAAGAAAAAAAUGUAUUCGACAUACCUAUGGAAUCUGAACAAGACCUUGUUACUUGACUGUUUUAUUCUAUUGGAGAUGUUUAAGACUACCUAGACCUAUGAAAAUGCAUGAUCAUCUAUGUGUUGACAUUGAGAAAUUCUACAUCAUGCGUGACUCCUUUGGUGAAUAGAGAUGAAGACAGUUCGAUUCCAGCAAAAACGUUUCUUAAUCUUAUCAUCUAUCAUAAUAUUUUUUGUUGUCAUGUAUGUGUUUUGGAAUAAUAGCCAAGAAGUUACAGAUUGUUUCAUGUCCAAAGAAGCACUUAAAAAAGUUGAACAUUUCUUGGAAAUGGUACAAAAACCUCUUGAAGAAUUAAGGCUAACAUAUUUUUUGUGCUAUAACAGUUUAUGGGGGGCUUUAAAAGUGAAAGGGCCUUUACCUUGGCAAAAUAGUGUAGAUUUAUGUGUAUUAAACAAGGAAGUUGCCGCAAUUGAUGAGGGUUUUCUAAUUCGAACUUUUAAGCGCCAUAGUUUAAAUAUCGUAUAUAAUUCUGCUGGUGGUUAUUACAGAAUUUCUAGGUUUAAUGAAUUAGUUCCUUCUGCUACUAUUACAGUAUUUGAAGAAGAUUCUAUUACAAACCAAAUGAGAAGAGUAGGCUUUAUUCACCGAAUGCUUCCUCCAAAUUCUUGUGAAGAGUUGAAUUGUUUCCCUCCAGAACUCAUAGCUUCACCUAUUCCUACAAUAUCAUUUGGUGAUGUCUUUGUACCUGCACCCCGUGAUGGAAUUGAAAUUCAAAAAUAUUUGUUUCCAUAUUCUUGGUGGAAAGAAGUAACUCCUCUUAAUUGUCGUAAGGAAACAGAAUGAUUUGUGUGUAAAAUAAUUUAGUUAAAUGUUUUUUUUUCACCUUUUUUAGGCAAAUAAACAAGAAAAUGUAACCAGAAACAGCAGAUUUCACUAAUAUGAUUUGAAUAUAAUUGAAAAGUUUUUCAAAGGAAUGCAAAUGUUAGACUUCUGUUUCUAAACAAUGUCUAUAAAUUACUCCCCAGAUCUCCCAGAUCUGUGAUAAAUAACAUAGAAUAAGAGAUAGGAAAAAAGAUGCACUGGAUUUUAUUUGGCAAUUCAAUUUUUUUUCAAUAUUAAUAUACUUCAGCACUAGCACCAUUAGUUGCUUUGAGAAUAUUAACCCUGUUAUUGCUUUUAUUUCAGAUAUUGUUAAGUAUUUGCAGAGUCAGUAGUUGUUUCUGUAGCAAUUCAAUUUUUUAAAUCUUUGAUACUGAACCCUAUGCAGCAUAAACUCCAUUCUUUAGGUAUCUCUAGAAAAAGAAGUCAGCUAGUGGGCUUUUGAGAGAACAUGCAAGCUUUAAAAAUGGUCAAUUUCUAUCAGCCCACCAAUCUGAGAAUAUAUCAUCAAGGAAAUAACACACAUUUAUAACUUAAUUAGAGGAGGCCUCACUCUUUUGGAAAAAUAACUUUUGGGCUGAAUUUUAUAUAAUUGAGGUACAGCAUGCAAUUUAUAAUAUUCACGCAAAUAUCUGAACGAAUUAAUACUCCUAGUGACAGAAGGGACCAAUCACUUUAUAAUUAGUUAGUGAGCGUCAUAUAUUAACUUUAGGGUUAUGUCAUAUAUACAUCCCAUAAAUAAAUAGAUUUUCUGACUUCCGAAUCUUGCAUUUAUGAUAAUUAACCUCUUUAGAAACAUGAUAUUGCUUUGUCACUGAAACCGUUUUCUGAAAAAAUUGAUCAUCAUCACUGAUGUGAUUAAGAAUGUCUAAAGAAAAUCCCUUAUGAAUUACUUGGUCAGUAUAUCUCAUUUAUUGACAAAUCUGCAAUUUAUAUACAGUAAGUUCAAACAGUUCAUGAACAACUAACUAUAUACAUAGUUGAUUUGGUAAUCCUUCUUUGUGAAGGGAUUAAUUGGGACUGUGCUUGAGUACUCUCUAAUGAUGGAAGUAUUUUCUUCAUUGAUGUCUAGCCUGCCUGCUAUUCUUUGAUGCAAAGCAUGUCUUGCUUUUGAUAACUGUUUAAACCAUCCUUUAAUUGAUGAUUUAAAUAGUUCUGAUUUAAUUUUAUCGUCAGAUGUUUAUUAAAUUCAUGUCUGAAUCGACUUGGAACCGUUUUUGGAGGUUUCAUUUUCCAUAACCAGAGAAAGAACAUCGUUUUCUCACCACAUGCUGCUAUUUGAAAUUGAAGAAUGCUUUUACUGGCUUGUGCUAAUGAUGGUCAAUUUUUUAUAUAAACAAACAAGUUUUCCGGUUGUCAUACACAAAAAUUUGAAGAAAUGAAGUUUGUUAAAUGAAAGAUUAUGCCAAUAUAAAUCAUUAUCUGAUCCUGUGUAAAAUUUUAUUUCGAUUUAAUUUUGUUAUUCGCUGAAGAAUGUAUGGAUUCCCUGUAUAUUUAGGUUUCCUGAGGAAAAGUUUACUUUCAUUAAGUGUCUCAUUCGUUUGACUGUGGUUAUUUAAUUUACUUGCGCUAUUAAAAAAAAUGUUUAAGUGUUAAAAGUAGUGCAUGUAAAAAUAUAUUUAAAUUAUUUAUUUGUGCUAAUUUAUCUUAUAUGCUUGUUACUCAUCUCAUCAGAAGGAAUGUGAUGUAUAAAUAUGUAUAAUAUAUUACAAUAAUUCUUUAUGACAUUAAAAUUCUUCU